GUGAAAAAACCUAAAAAAAAAUGAUGUGAUUAUAAUGAAUCUGAACUUUUAUAUUUUCAACAUGUUUGUACAUUUUUUGCAAUAAUGAUAAUAUUUUAGUUUUAUCUUUAUCAAUUGUCAUCGAUCAAUCCAUAGUAAAUUUGUUAUGUUGGUUGUAAUCUGAAGAUCCAAUAGUAAAAAAAAAAAAAAAUUCAGGUUCAUGUACUUUACCUCAUAAAUACAAUUAUUGAGUUAUAACUAUUAUAACAAAUAGAGGGACGGGGACCUUUAGAUUAUUAAAAUAAGAUUCCAGAUGCAGUACUAUGAUCAUAGCGCCCUAGCUGCUGCUUAUUGGAAUUUAGAUUUAUCAUUUUUAUUAGUACUCUAGUGUUUAAGAAGAACAAGUCUCGUUCAUGUUUUUCAAAUGACAUUCGAACGUCACUCACUUAUAAUAAAUACCUAGUACAUUAGAACGUAAAUUUCAAUGCAUUUUAUAUUUUUAAGGGAUCAAACGAAUUUUAGGUUACCUAUUAAAAUUACAUUUAAGAAUAUUGUUAUUUAUGAACUCAUAUUUCAUACCUUAUUCACUGUUUUCAUUUAAAUAUUUAUUUAUUAGUAAUUUUAAUGAACUAGAUACUGAAUUAACGUAGGUAUUCAGUUAGAUUCCUAAGUACUUGUACAUAUUGUUCCUUAAAAAAAUGAACGUGAACGGAUAUUUCUAACGUAUUGAACAUGAAUAAAUUUAAUUUUUAUACGAUCUUUUUGAACAGUUGUAGUAAAGGUAAGAAUAUUGAAUUUUGCUUUUUUUAAGUUUAUCUAAUACUUAUUGAUUAAGUUGUUAUAAAAGCUCAUUACGAUGGGCGGGGUUUCUGUUAGGUCCUCUAAGUUUGCUUGGUUACGACAUUAGGCAUUUUAAACGGAUUGGUCGAUUGGUGUACAUUUUAUUACCAUCUUAUUACUAAUAUGUUAAUUAAGAUAAUAAUCAUAGACGCAAAUAGAAGGGGGGCUAAGCCCUCCUAAACUUUGUUUAGCUCCCCCCCCCCCAAAUCUCAAACACUAUUUGCGCCUAUGAUAAUAAUAAUAAUAAUUUGUGAAUUUCUUAUAAUACAUAGGUAGUUAUAGGUUUUUAGCUAUAGGUAUUCGAUUACACAAUAUUUACAUAUGUGGAUAUAUGCCUGUAUAGUUACAUACUAUUAUACUAUUAUAGUAUAGGUAGAUACCUACCUAUAUAGAUAGGUACAUAAUAUUACUUGUUAUUAAUGUAAGAUAGUUGCCUACCUACUUAUUUUAAAAAUUAAUUCUUAAUAAAAUAAAUGACAAGUGAUGGGGAUAUUCAUAGGCGUAACUUGGCGGGGGCGAAUGUGGGCAACUGCCCCCACCAACUUAAAUAUAAUAUUAUAGUUAAAUGCAGGCUGUUCUGAGACGCAUAACACACUAGUACCUAAUAUUAUGUUUAUUUGCUACAAAAAUUAUUUUUACCUACACGUGAAAAGAGUCCAAGUUUUGCCUAUGGGGAUAUUGAAUAUUUAAAAUUAAAUUAAAAAUAUUCCUGUUAAUUAUAAUUCUAUAAUGUGUAACGUGUCUUUGAUAUUAAAUAAUAAUUAACGAAUUAUUGGUCAGUGACAUUAAUAAUUCGUUCGGAUUUUAUGUCUACAAUUCUAUAGCUCUAUAGGACAUUAACUGCCAGGAAAAACUCGAAGCAUGUAGGCAAGAAAGAAAUAAACUGUUAUACUGUGAAACUAUAACUGAUAAUACAUCAACACGAAAAAAAAGAAAACAAUGUCUGAGAAAAGAAAUGUCGUCCUAUCGAAACAAUAUCGCUUCAAAUAUGCGACGUACCAAGUCUAUUCAAAAUAAAUUAAAUGAAGAUGAAAAAAACGUACGCCAUAAUGUAACAAAAAGACGAAAACGCCGUUGUAAAAAAUCAAAAAGCAUUAAUGACUUAAUGGAUUUAAAAGAAUUGUGUAAAGAAGUUGAUCGGAUUGCAAUUCUCGAAAGAUGUGAACCAGAUACCAAGACUAAUAAGCAGAGACCUAUUCAAAAACGUUCAAAAUCUGGAAACGCAAGAAGUUUAAUGGACAUCAGUGGUAUUCAUAUACCAGACCAAGACCGAAAAAUUUUGGACAGUAUGAGGCGAAAACGUGAAGAAAGACAGUAUGGAGAGGAUUUAGCGCAUAGGGUAAAUAUAUUCUGGGAACAAAUGCGCGAAGAAGAAAAACGAUUAACUAAAGAACAAAAGCAAAAAUGGCAAAAUUUUAUAAUGGCAAAAAGAAAUGUAGAAAAUGGAGUCAAACAUAUGCGUUUGGAUGAACUGCGUGUUGCAUUUGAAAAUAACCAAAGACAGCUGGAGGAACAGAUUAUACAAAAAGACAAAAAAGUUAAUGAACUUAAACAACAAAUCGAAGACCGUAAGUUGUUUGAAAACGCAUUAAAACAAGAUACAGAGUUCAGGAAGCAUAAAAUCGUGAGUGACAAUAAUUUUUAUGAACAAAUGAACGCUCUUCAACACAAAAAAAGAUUGCAUGACAUAAAUCUUUUGAAACAGAAAAAAGCGGAUGAAAUAAGAAACAAAUCACUUCAAAUAAGUCAAGAAAGAAUUAUUUCGUCAAAUCGUUUGGAAGAAUUGCGACAUGCUGUGCAAUUAGAGCGAAUUCAAGCACGUCAUGAUGAUACAAUCCGUCGCAAAUUCGACGAGUGUCAAGCAAAAGAACGCAAGGCUUUUCAAAAUCAUUUAGAUAAAAUGUCCAUGCGUAUGCGAGAAUUAGCUAAUAAAAGUUUGCAGAGGGAACAACACAUGGGUCAAGUUCAUAGAGUAGCUAGAGAACUUGAGGAUGGAAUGCAAAGAUGGCAAGAUCGUAUAAUGUUAAUGCAAUAUGAGCAAUUAAGAAGAGCUAAAGAAAAUGCAGCUCUGUACACUGAUAAUAAAAAACUCAGAGCUGAGAUUGAAAAUAAACGUAGGGUUAUAGAACAUUCUGCUAAAAUACAAAGAGUUAAAGAAGCUGAAAGAAAACGAUUGUGCAAUAUUAAAAAAGAAAUUGAAGAAGAAGAAAAUAAAAUAAAAAGAAUUAAACAAAAGAAAGAUUUAGAAAUCCAAAUGGGCCGAAAACUGGCAUUAAGUACAGCUGAACUGAGAAAAGAAAUUCGACGCAGUACAGAAUUGGAUUUGUUUAACACACGAUGAUGAAUAUAUUUUGAUGUAUUAUACUUAAUAUUUAUAAUAUUGUAAAUAUUAAGGACUAUAAGAAAAAAGUAAAUUAUAUGUAUGUUUAAGUUUAGUAUUUAUCCUAUGAAAUUGUUUAGAUAUUAUUUUUAAUUAUUUUUAAGUAAAUUCUUGCUCUCUACAAAUAAGUAAAUAAUUUUUUUAUUAUAACUAUUAUAGUAUAAUGAUGCGUUUAAAAUAUUGUUAAAUCUGUGUGUUUGAAUCGAAUUUCAAUUAUUUUUUCGAAGAUUUGAAAGUAUGAAAGUAUUUUCUUUUGAACAAAUUGUGGUAUAUGGCUUUGUUGCUAAAAAAUCAGAUAGUCAUUACCCAGUUUGCUUGAUCACAGCACAAUAAUUCAGUGACAGCGACCAAACAUUACGCUAUACCAAUGACUAAGCGCUAGAUUUAGAAUAUAUUUAUUAGGAGGGGGGGGGGGGUCUUAAAUAAAAUUUCAGCCUAAAUUUUAUAAAAACAAUGUAAAUACAAUGUAAGUUAAUAGUUAAAUAUUAUUAUUCAAAGGUUAGUCAGUACAAUUAAAUAAACAAAAGGUGAGUCAUACCUAAUCUUGUUAGGUAAAAUUAAUUUUAAACGAAAUAUAAAAUAUUAGAGUGUAUGAAAAAAUUAUAAAUAAUUGAGAAAGUAUCGGUAUCACAUCUUUCAAAAGCUUUUAAAUAUUUAUUUGGAAUUCUUUUUUAUUUGUCAAAUAAGUAUCGUAAAAUUGAAGCUCUUCUUUAAAAUAUUUUUCUGCAAAAUCUUCAGAUAAAUUCAAAUAUACAAUUAUUAAAUGACAAAAUUAUGCCAUUAUAUUGUUACUUUUAUUUUAGACAUCUUUUUGAUUUUUAAAAACCUUCUUUUUAUGAAUAAAAGGUGAAAAAAUUAUAUUUAAAUCAAACACUGACACUGAUUUUUCAUCAAAUCUGUACUCAAGGUUUCAGGUUAAGUCAUCUAAAAAGGGAAUAUAUAAUACGAUACGAAAAUAAUCUUUUGGGGUUUUUAAUUGGUGGAUUGGUUCAUAUAGUAGUUAUUUGUUUGAUUAUUUUUGGGAUUUUAAUAUCGUCAUUAAUUUCUAUUUUUUAGAAAUUUUAUAUUAUUAUUAAAAAUUUAAUUAAAUUGUUCAGCUCUUUUAUGCUUAUAUUACGUUUGAUGUUGACUAUCGACGAUUACAGCGAUUGUGUGCGUAUUGUAUCGAGCCUAUUUGUUAACUAGAUUUAUAUUUUUACUAUAAUUAGGUUAGGUUAAUAAAUAUAGCCAUUAAUAAAAUAGGAAGGUGCUACACUACAAGUAACCAUAUAUUUUAUUGCGUCAAAUAAGUUUAAAUGUUCCAUUAGAUUAGAUUAACUUUUUGACGACGACCGAUAAAAACGGACAAGGCCGUAGCAAGAAAAUACAUUUUAUUGGCUGCCAAAAAUAGACAUCUUAGAAUUCAUUAGAGUCUGUGUGUAAUUUGUAUGUAUGUGUGUGUGUGUGGAGGGGGUUUAUCGCUCUUUGCCCCUCUCUCUUGAAUCCGCUCCUGCAACAGGCAAUUUGGACAGAAUUUAAAAUUAAAUUUCAAGCCAUUCAUUAUUUUUAUUGUAGUUGUACGAAUAUUAAAAUCUAUGCUGAUUUAUGCUUACAAUAUAACAAGGAUGGCAAAACUGCAGCUCGCAUUUUAUCGUAACAUUUUAAUAUGAAUUUAUGUAUUUAAAAAAGUAUAAUAUUUUAUUAAAUUACAAUUUAUAGGAAAAAAUUAUAAAAAAAUAUAGUGUUCUUGAUAUAAUAUUUAAAUAUGUAUUUAUUUUUAUUUUUUAUUUUCAAUUAUUUAACUAUUUGUUAUAUUUAUAUAAAAUAAUUAUACAAUAAUACGAGUAUAAUUUUUUUAUCCAUUUCGGCUCUUCCAUAUUUAUUUAUAUAUUGGGUGGCUCGCAAGUUCUUCUCGCUGACUACCCCUGCAAUAUAUAAUUUAAUCCUGGACUGAGGUGUACCUAAAUUGCCUAUUUAACACGCCGUGUCUAAUUUUAAGAAUGUAAAGGAGCUGUAGAAAACGUUCUGUCCUCGUAUAUGUGAGAGUAGAUUAUACCACCAUUUCUACAUUUUUGUAAGUAUAAAAAAAUUAAUAUCCUAAUAUUGCAACCAUUUUUAUCAAAAAAUUAUGAUAUAUCAAAACGAAUUGUUCUGAUUAAUUGGGCAAAUUUUUUCGGAUUUGAUACAUUUUUAAAAUAGUUAUUUUCAAGGUUUGUAACCGAAAAAUAUUAUCGUUUGUAAAAACAAUACAUUCAUCAAUCUACUAUAGUAUAAAUAUAUACUAUUAUAAUAAUAAUGUUGCAUUUAUUAUAUUUUAAGUGUAAUGUUUUCGAAAAUAUAAAAGAAUUGAACAAUAACUUAAAUAGCACUAUUAAAAAUAUAUGUCAUGAAAUCUGUACUUAGUUUAAGUUGUACAUGCUAAGACUUAUCUAAUAUAUCUAUUUUUUGAUCAGAAUUGUUUCUCGUAUGAUUCAUCAUUAUAAUUGAAUAUUCUUAUUUAGCACUCACAUUACAAUAACUUACUCAAUUAUGAAGUGCUCUCGACUAUAUCGCACAUACUGUAUAACUGCAGAGCAUUUACCUUCGCACUUUUUUUUUAACAUUAUUAAUAAAUAUUAUAGGUACUAUGAUAAUAUUUAAUAUGUAAUAUGUAUACAUAAAUAACUAUAUAUUAUUACAUUAAAUUUUAGUUUAUAUUGAUGUGUUUUAGAUAUUAAAUAUCGUAUUAUGUAAUUAAUUGUAAUUAUAGAAUUUAUUCUAGUACAGUAAUAGUAUAAAUUGUACUUCUUUUCAAUAAAGUUAUAAAGGUAAAAUUAAAUUUGAUUUUGUAUGACUAAACUUUUAUUUUGAUCAUUUAUUGCAUUUAUUGACAUUUUAUAUUAUCAUGGUACAAUAAUAAUAUUAUAUAUUAAUUGAUUUUGUGUUGAAAAUGAUUGUGUUAUAAUUACGAUUUAUUUUUAAUGGGGACAAAAAAUAUUUUUU